UCUCGUCUGGGAGGGCAGCGGAGCCACUGAAAGCCGUAGAAGGCUGUGCAGGAAGGGUUAUGCCCAGAGGUAGACGUUUAAAGUUGGGAAAAACAGGGUGUUAAACCAGGACAAGGGGACCGCUGAGGAGAUCCCUUGAGUUAUGGUAGGGAUGGGCCAGAGGGGUUGCAGUAGAGGGGAAGUGUGAUGAGAUUCUGGAUGGAUCUCAGAGAGAAAGUUGACAGGAUUUCCUGCUGCAUCAAAUAUAGCAGUGAGUGUAGUGAAGGGUCUAGUCCAUGGAUUUUGUUUUGGCCUGAAAAUCUGAAAGAAUGGAGUUGGAGAAGUCAGCUUAGGGAGCAGGUUUCAGAGAGGAUUACGAGUUGCAUUUUGGAGGGCUGAGUUUUGGAGGGCAGAUCAUGGGGUGGGUCCAUAAGCCUGACGCUCUCUUUAGAAAGGCGCAGACCUGUCAUAGGAAGGAUUCUGGCUCAUAUCUGCAAAAACGGAGUUCUGAAUGGGUUAAGGAAUUGGCCUAGGCUGGAGACUGAGGUGUGAGGUGGUUUAGAUUUCUGCACCUGCAGACCCAGCAGCCCCCCAGGCCCACUCUGGAACAAUAGGAAGGUCAUCCAGACUAGUGGGGAAAUUGGGUCCAGACGGGGGUAGGGCUUUCUCACAUCUAGUCAAGGGCCUCCAGCAAGCUUCCAGCAACUGAAUUUGUAGCAGGCAGGCCUGGUUGCUGAUGGGACCAGUAACUGACCUGCUUGCUUAUCCCCUCCCUACAACUUAUUUAUUUAUGAAUGUAUACAACAUUUUUUUUUCUGAGACAGAGUCUCGCUCCAUCGUCCAGGUUGGAGUGCAGUGGUGCGAUCUCGGCUCACUGCAAGCUCUGCCUCCCGGGUUCAAGCAAUUCUCCUGCCUCAGCCUCCCGAGUAGCUGGGACUACAGGUGUUCGCCACCACGCCCGGCUAAUUGUUUGUAUUUUUAGUAGAGACAGGGUUUCACCGUGUUAGCCAGUGUGUUCUCUAUCUCCUGACCUCAUGAUCUGCCCGCCUCAGCCUCCCAAAGUUCUGGGAUUACAGGCAUGAGCCACCGCGCCCGGCCGAAUUUAUGAAACAUUUAUUUAACCACUAAUGAACCAGUAUCCUUCUAAAUAUGUACACAUAGGUCGGCAGUUAGAAAUGAAUGUAACCAAUAGUUAAAUUUAUUCACUUAAUAAUUGUUGAAUGUUAAUUCUUCUUUUUUCUUUUUUUUUUUUUUUUGAGACGGAGUCUCGCUGUGUCGCCAGGCUGGAGUGCAGUGGCGCAGUCUCGGCUCACUGCAACCUCUGCCUCCCGGGUUCAAGCGAUUCUCCUACCUCAGCCUCCCGAGUAGCUGGGAUUACAGGCAUGCGCCACCAUGCCCAUCUAAUUUUUGUAUUUUUGAUAGAGACAGUGUUUCACCAUGGUUGGCCAGGAUGGUCUUGAUCUCUGAACCUCGUGAUCCGCCCACCUCGGCCUCCCAAAGUGCUGGGAUUAGAGGUGUGAGCCACCGUGCCCGGCUGAAUGUUAAUUUUUCUAUUUGUUUGCAAUGGAAAGUUUUAUGUAUCACAUUUCCUUAACACUGUAAGAAGUAGGAAAAAUACCCGAAAUUUCAAAACCCUUCCAUGUCAUUUGCACCAAAAACGUGUACAAAAUAUUUAAUCCAGUAGAAAGAGAUUGCUGGUACAUAGUGUGUACUACUUAUGUUUUAUGCCAAUAUAAGCCCUAUUAGUUGGCAAUCCUUUUAAUCUCUAUUUUACACAUAAGGGCACCAAAACUUAAGGAAGUUCAGUCCUCGUCAAGACACUGAACCCUGAGGACUUACUGUGUAGCCUCAGGGUUCAUAGCAGUGGCAGCAAUGCUUAUGGAUGCUGGACAGGAUUGUAUGGUUUUUGAGGACGUGGCCAUACAUUUCUCCCAGGAGGAGUGGGGAAUUCUUAAUCACGUUCAGAGACACCUGCACAGCGAUGUGAUGCUGGAGAACUUUGCACUUUUGUCAUCAGUAGGUUGUUGGCAUGGAGCCAAGGAUGAGGAGGCACCUUCCAAGCAAUGUGUUUCUGUAGGAGUGUCACAGGUCAAAACUCUAAAGCCAGCUUUGUCCACCCAGAAGGCCCAGCCCUGUGAGACAUGUAGCUCACUUCUGAAGGACAUUCUACACCUGGCUGAGCAUGACGGAACACACCCCAAGCGUACAGCCAAGCUUUACCUGCACCAAAAGGAGCAUCUUAGAGAGAAGCUCACCAGAAGUGAUGAAGGGAGGCCUUUGUUUGUGAAUGACAGUGUUCACCUGGCGAAGAGGAACCUCACAUGCAUGCAGGGUGGCAAGGAUUUUACUGGUGAUUCAGAUCUUCAACAACAGGCUCUUCACAGGGGGUGGAAGCCACACAGGGACACUCAUGGUGUGGAGGCCUUUCAAAGUGGACGGAAUGAUUACAGCUGCAGCCAAUGUGGGAAAGACUUUUGCCACCAACAUACACUGUUUGAGCACCAGAAAAUCCACACAGAGGAAAGGCCUUAUGAGUGCAGUGAAUGUGGCAAAUUGUUUAGGUACAACUCCGACCUUAUUAAACAUCAGCGAAAUCAUACUGGAGAAAGGCCUUAUAAGUGUAGUGAAUGUGGAAAAGCCUUCAGCCUCAAAUAUAAUGUUGUUCAACACCAGAAAAUUCACACUGGAGAAAGGCCUUAUGAGUGCAGUGAAUGUGGGAAAGCUUUCCUUAGAAAGUCUCACCUACUUCAGCACCAGAGGAUUCACACCAGGCCAAGGCCUUAUGUGUGUAGUGAAUGUGGGAAGGCCUUCCUUACACAGGCUCACCUUGUUGGUCACCAGAAAAUUCAUACUGGAGAACGGCCUUAUGGAUGCAAUGAAUGUGGGAAAUACUUUAUGUACAGUUCAGCACUCAUUAGACAUCAGAAAGUUCACACUGGAGAAAGGCCUUUUUAUUGCUGUGAAUGUGGGAAAUUCUUUAUGGACAGCUGCACACUCAUUAUUCACCAGAGAGUUCAUACUGGAGAAAAACCUUAUGAAUGCAACGAAUGUGGGAAAUUCUUUAGAUACCGUUCCACACUUAUCAGACAUCAGAAAGUUCACACUGGAGAAAAGCCUUAUGAGUGUAGUGAAUGUGGAAAGUUCUUUAUGGACACUUCCACACUCAUUAUUCAUCAGAGAGUUCACACUGGAGAAAAGCCUUAUGAAUGCAGCAAAUGUGGGAAAUUCUUUAGGUAUUGCUUCACACUGAAUAGACAUCAGAGAGUUCACUCUGGAGAGAGGCCUUAUGAAUGCAGUGAAUGUGGCAAAUUCUUUGUAGACAGCUGUACACUGAAGAGUCAUCAGAGAGUUCACACUGGAGAAAGACCUUUUGAAUGCAGCAUUUGUGGAAAAUCCUUUAGAUGUCGCUCCACACUUGAUACACAUCAGAGAAUUCACACUGGUGAAAGGCCUUAUGAGUGUAGUGAAUGUGGGAAAUUCUUUAGGCACAACUCAAAUCAUAUUAGACAUCGGAGAAAUCACUUUGGAGAAAGGUCUUUUGAGUGCACUGAGUGUGGGAGAGUUUUUAGCCAAAAUUCCCACCUCAUUCGGCACCAAAAAGUUCACACUAGGGAAAGAACUUACAAAUGCAGCAAAUGUGGGAAAUUUUUUAUGGACAGCGCCACACUUAUUAGUCAUGAGAGAGUUCAUACUGGAGAAAAGCCUUAUGAGUGCAGUCAAUGUGGGAAAGUCUUUAGAUACAACUCUAGCCUCAUUAAACAUCGGAGAAUUCACACUGGAGAGAGACCUUAUCAGUGCAGUGAAUGUGGGAGAGUCUUUAACCAAAAUUCUCAUCUCAUUCAGCACCAGAAAGUUCACACCAGAUAAAGAAUGUGUAUAUAAAGCAGAUGGGGAAAGACUUCACACAGAAAUCUACUCUGAUUUAGCACUGGGACCUACUUUUUUAAAAAAGUAUUCUUGUAGAAUACAGAUAACAUAAAAUCUAACAUCUUAACCAUGUUAAAGUGUAUAGUUCAGUACUGUUAAGUCAUUCACAUUGUGCAAUGAAUAUCUAGAAGUCUUUUCAACUUAUGAAACUAAGUCUAUACCUUUUAAAACCUUAUUCCUCACUCCAUCCAGCCUCUUGACAAGAACCACUCUGUAUGAAUUUUACUAGUCUGGGUACCUCAUAUAAGAAAACUUAAGUUUUGGUCUUCUUGUGGUUUAUUUUGUGGCUUAUUUUGCUUAACGUUAUAUUUUUAAGGUUUCAUGUUCUAAUCCAUUAGAAUUUCCAUCCUUUUUAAAGGCUGAAUAAAAUUCUGUUACAGUCA